CAUCUAUCCAGUUUCUGGGGCUUUAACUGGAUUUUCAUCAGGGACUGCAAGCAUCCUGUCAUCAGGUCCACCUCUUUGCUGCUUAUCCAUCCAUCCUAUCUCGUCUCAUCCAGACUGCAGAUGAUAAAUCUCCAGUACCACGAGCAUCACACCAACAACCGAAGAGAGAAUGAAGAACAGCCAUGAAAUGCCUCUCGCAGCAUCGCCACCUCUACCUCCACCUCCGUCAGCAUCAUCGUCGUCGUCAUCUCCUCCUCAUCCUCCUCCUCCUCCUCUUCCUCUCCGAUUCACUCACAGCCUCCUCAACAAACACAGCACAGUCACGCCUACCUCCCCUACAACCAUACCCACAACUACCACAGAGCAUAGCUGUACUAUGAUGACCACGGCCUCGACCACAACCCCAACCCCAAGCCAUAACCAUCUCCCAUCUCACCACCCUAAGCGAACCAGCAUACACUACCACCAUCACCACCACCACAUGCCCUCCCACCCAAUAACCAUCCCUCCCCGCCACCGCGAACUCUCCCUGACAGAUAGCGAAAUCAGCAUCCUGGAUCUGGGGCCCAGUCUUCUUGUCCUGGGCGAGGAAGGGGAGGAAGACGGAAACCCCGAGGAGGUGUAUUCGCUUGUCUAUGAUCGAUAUCCCAAUACCCUUGAGGAGGGGAACGAGAGUUGGGAGGGUGGCAGUUCAUUCACGUGGGAGAAGGCGGAUGGAGAAGGGAAGGGGAGUCAGAUGGGAAGAGAUACGCCUGUUCUGCGGGAGGGGAAAGGGAAAGGGAAGGGCAAGGGGAGGAUGAUUGUUGCGGAUGCUGCUGCUGCUGCUGCUGCUGAGAGGGAAUGGGAUGAUAACGGGGAAGCGGGAUUGGGGACGCAUGCUCAUCCUUCUUCGGGUUCUGCUCGUUCGGAUGGUGAUGCUGGCGAGACGUUGAAGUGUUGGUCUGCGGUUGCUACGCCUACGGGGGUGAGGCUUGGGGUUGGGGUUGUCGGGUUGCGCCGGGGUGGGGGUUUGGAUACUAGGUAGUGUAUAGAUGGAGUCUGCGUUAUGGGUGAUACUGGGGGUAGAUGGGGAAGAUGGGCUGAGGAGGUUGGUUUACCAGAUGCUAGGUGGUUGUGCCGGCUGGAUACGAGUGAAUGAUUUAUGAGAGUGAGUGGAAUCAAUUGCUUGACUGGAAUGGUCGGCUG